AUGGUUAGUACAGAAGGUAUCCCAAUUCGUCGUUUGGUUGUAAAUGAUCCAAAAGAUAUGCCGCUUCAUUAUGGUGAAACACCUGGUGGAAGUAUCUUUUCAACAACUCCAGGAGGUAGUCGUAUAUAUUAUGAUCGAGCGUUUUUACUUUCUCGUCGGGAUUCACCUAUGACACGUUCACCACCGCAUUUACCGUUUAUUCCGGAAGUUACAUUAAUUCCGGAACCACAUAAGAAUGAUGAUAUCGUUGAAAAUGGUGUUAAAACCGACAAAAAAGAUAGAACAGGAUCAACAAUUGAUAAAUCAACAUCAGGAAAACAACAUACAACAACGGGCAAAAAAGAAGGUGAUGAUCAAUUUUCUAUGGAUAUGUGA